AUGGAAAUAAAUAAUAAUAAUAAUAAUAAUGAUUUAUUAUCGAAAAGAAUCUUUCAAUAUUUACAACCAUUUUAUCAUUCUAUUUCAUGUCAAAAUUUAUAUGAAAAUGAUUAUGAUGAAUUUAAACAUGCACUUGCAAUUUUAUCUGAUUUAAAAGAUUUACCAUUAAUAUCUGAUCAAAAAUAUAAUAUAACUAAAGAACAAUGUUUAAUUUAUCGUUC